AUGAAACCGCCUCAAUUUGAUGGUAUAACAUCUUGGAAUGUCUACCGACGUCAGUUUGAGGCAGCCGCGAAUGCAAAUGGUUGGUCAUCGACCAAAAAGGCAACUGCACUCACUUUGGCCUUACGAGGAGAUGCUGCAGCUAUUCUUCAAAGAAUAUCACCCGAAGAGCAAGAGGCCUACGAACAACUAGUAGGACAUUUGGAGUUGCGAUAUGGUCAGUCAUAUUUAGGACACGUCUACCAUACUCAACUCAAGAAUCGGUUCCAGAAGUCAGGCGAGUCCUUGCAGGAGUUCGAAGCGGAUAUUGCGCGCGUCAGUCACCCCCAGUCCAAUGUAUCGAUGGAACGAUUCCAUGCCACUGUAUUGGAAAUGAUUAGAACGCAAGUAUCUGAAAAUCCGAACGAACACCCCUUUAAUAUCCUACAAUAUGCUGUUCCGUGCUACAAUAGCACAAGGAACAAAAUCACAGGAUUUACUCCCUACGAACUUGUCUUCGGACAUACAUCUGGUCGUCCCCCAGAACACGUCUACCUUGAAAAGGAAUUGAUGUCUAAAUACCUUCGAGAUAUUCGGAAUAAGCUCGAAUAUUAUUAUAAAAUAGCCCAUGCCAGAACGGACGAACAAAAGCAAAAGGCUAAGUUCCUGUUGACAAUGCAGACUACAAAAGAAAAAUAUUCGUCAAAAACAAAAGCUUCAGCUGCUGACCAUGAUAAACAAUACAGCAAUGUGGUUGGAAAGGAGAAAAAUGAUGCAGUCAGCCUCAGGACAAAAAAAAAGCCUUGA